CCCCCGCUCCCRCGCACCAUGGCGUCCCGCAUCGGGCUCCGCAUGGAGCUCAUGAAGCAGCAGGCGCAGCAGGAGGCCGAGCGGGAGCGUGUGCAGCAGCAGAUGAUGGUGAACUACAUGCAGCAGCAGCGCAUGCCCGCGGCGCCCAGCCCAGCCAUCAACACCCCUGUCCACUACCAGUCCCCACCGCCCGUGCCCGGAGAGGUGCUCAAGGUUCAGUCCUACCUGGAGAACCCCACCAGUUACCACCUGCAGAAGUCGCGGGACAAGAAGGUCCAGGCCUAUCUCUCGGAGACCUACGGGAACAAGUUCGCCGCUCACGUCAGCCCCGCCAGCCACUCCCCGAAGCCGCCGCCGGCCGCCUCGCCRGGCGUCCGUCCGGGCCAUGUGCUGUCCUCGUCGGCAGGCAACAGCGCGCCCAACAGCCCCAUGGCCAUGCUCAACAUCGGCUCCAACCCGGAGCAGGAGCUGGGUGAGGUCAUCGAUGACAUCAUGCGUCUGGAUGACGUCCUGGGCUACAUGAACCCCGAGGUGCACAUGGCCACCACGCUGCCCGUGUCCAGCAGCCACAUGAACGUAUACAGCGGGGACCCGCAGGUGACUGCCUCCCUCGUGGGUGUCACCAGCAGCUCCUGCCCYGCCGAGCUCACGCAGAAGAGGGAGCUGACAGAUGCUGAGAGCCGGGCCCUGGCCAAGGAGCGCCAGAAGAAAGACAAUCACAACCUGAUCGAGAGGCGGCGGAGGUUUAACAUCAACGACCGCAUCAAGGAGCUGGGCAUGCUGAUCCCCAAGGCCAACGACCUGGACGUGCGCUGGAACAAAGGGACAAUCCUGAAGGCCUCCGUGGACUACAUCAAGAGGAUGCAGAAGGACUUGCAGCGGUCGCGAGACCUGGAGAACCACUCCCGGCGCCUGGAAAUGACGAACAAGCAGCUCCUGCUCCGCAUCCAGGAGCUGGAGAUGCAGGCCCGGGUCCAUGGGCUGCCCACGUCCUCGCCCUCGGGCGUCAACGUGGCCGAGCUGGCUCAGCAGGUGGUGAAGCAAGAAGCCAGCGGGGACGAGGGGACGAUGGAGCCGCCGCUCCUGCCCCUGGACGCCGAGGCGCAGCCCCAGCCCACGCUGCCACCACCAGCCCAGUCUCCCUACCACCAGCUGGACUUUACCCACAGCCUGAGCUUCGACGACGGCCCCAGCGGCUUCCCGGACAGCCUGGAGCCCGGCCACAACCUCUCCUUCCCUUCCCUAUCCAAGAAGGAUCUGGACUUGAUGCUGAUGCAGGACACCAUGCUACCCCUGGCUUCCGACCCYUUGUUCUCCGCCAUGUCCCCGGAGGCCUCCAAGGCCAGCAGCCGCCGGAGCAGCUUUAGCAUGGAGGACACAGACAUGCUGUGACCAGGAGCCGCGCGGGCGCCGGGGGCGAGGACCCGAGAUCAGUUAGUGGAGUUCCGGGGCGCUCUUCCCGCCCUGCCCGGGUGAGGAGCACUCCUGCCGAGCACUUUGCCAGGUCGGAGUGCGUCUUCUCUAUGCAAUGGGGAUCUCGGUUCCACGCUUGCCGGGUACCGGAAUGCCUUUUGCAAGCUUCUCGCCAGCAGCUCCAGCAGCAUUGGACUGACUGCGGAUUUCACAGCCUGGGAGCAUGACCUCGGCUGCUUUGCCUUUCAGUGAGACCCUCCUGGAUCCCCCGGCAGACCCAGGGCGAAGCUCGGGAGGAGCCUUAAAGCCCCUGGGAGCUGGGAGGAGAGCCGCGCGUUUUCCCCGGCUCGCUUCCCACCCGCAUCCUCCUCCUGUAAUCCCGGGCGCCCUCCAGCUCUUGCCAGGCUGGGGCUCUGGGCCUUGCAGACACGGUGCCACAUCCCCGGUGGGAUUUCUCCUUGGCUUUCGGGCACAUUUGGGAAGGAGUGGUGCUGCUCGUCGCUGGAGCACCGGCGCUGGGGGUAGCAGGGCAGGAGGGGAAGGAAGGCUCAGUUAGGGCAAGUUAAUUCCUGGAGCGCUGGAAAUGUUUUCCGGGUAAUCUAUGUUUUCCGGGUAAUCUAGGACUGCACCUGCAAAUUCAGGACCUUCCAAAAUGUUGGGUGUAAGGUGACCGAUGGUGGGUCUGUUUGGAUGAACCCCGGUCUUGGAGCAGUGCCCAGGUGAAAGCCUCAGUUUGCAUCUCUGUCCUGCUUUGGCAUCACAGGCAAUUCCCCAUCCCAGCCUUGUGGCUACAGGAGGCACCCAGGCUGGGAUUUUCCCAAAUGGAUGAGGYGGGUGGAACUCCUGAGCACUCCUCCGGUGUCCCGGGGUUGUUCCAAAUGAGCAACAGAAUCACGCUGCACGGGGGCUUUUCUGACGUUGGUUUUCUUUCCUUCUGCAUCCAUCCCCUGGCCUCUGGAAAUGAGCUCCACGAGGCCGGGGGUCUUGGAAUGUCCUCGUGGAACAGCCCCGUGCCAGCGGCUGCCAUCGGGGGGGACGCGGAGGCGGAUUCGCAGGUCCGUGUGCUCCUGCCGGCCGUGGGAGCUGCCUCCCCUCCGACCCCGUGCCAAUGGAGCAGCCUCUGCUCCCGACUCGGGCACUGCCGCGUCGCGCUGCGGCCCUGCGGCAUUUCCGGGGUGGAAAACUGAUGCUUGUGGAAAAUGGAGAGCCGGCCCCUGCAUGGGGGUGCCGAGGGCUUGACCCU